AUGGAUGCUAUCGAAACUCUGAAGCUGGAAAUCAUGAACACAAAGAAUCCAAAGGAACCUGAAGAAUCUGGCCAGCCCUUGAUGGAGUUUCUGUCAAUGAAGAGGAAGUAUUAUGAGGAUGAGGAAGGGAUUCUCUCGGACUAUUCGAGCGGAAAAGAGAAAGAUUUGAUUAGCAUUUCAGCUGAUUAUGACAAGAAACAAAAAGGAAUCCUGGAGAUCACCCAGGUAACCCCAAAAGAUCAUCAUCUUUCAUUUUGUUCUUUUGGGUCAAUAAGGUUCUUAUUUUAUCCUGUCCCUAUUCAGCCAUGCAGAUGGGGCAACCAGGAGGUGCCAUUGAUGUCACCUAUUGGAAGUUCCAGGUUCCCUGAAUCAGCUGAAAGAGAAAAGAGUAAGGAAGUCAGUGAAGGGUCGACGGGCACUGAAUCUCCGGGGACUGAAGGUAUGGUGGGUCUGGGUGGCUUGAAUCUGAAGACAGAUCCUGUAACCCUGAAUUAUCACCCCAAACAGUUAACUCAACCCAUAUGGAAGAACAACAGGAGAUCCUGGUCACCGGAGCUUCAUGAAAGGUUUGUGGAGGCUCUGAAUAUCCUGGGAGGUGUUGAAGUGGCUACUCCGAAGCAAAUUAAAGAAGUGAUGCAGGUUGAGGGGCUGACCAACGAUCAAGUGAAAAGCCAUCUUCAGGUUGACUUUGAUCUUUAG